GGUAGAGCGCAGAGACGGGAGCCGCUGUUUCCAAUUGACCAUCGCAGAAGAACCCAUUUCAUUUCGUUCUUUUUUCGUUAACAUUCUAAAAUAAACGAUGGCACCGGGAUACUGACGGUCACGGCGAAUUGACAGAAUCGGGUCUGACUGCCAUGUGUGAUCCAUCUUUUCUGCGCCUUGCAUCAAAGACCGUACCAGGCAUAUGCAUUUUAAAUAUAUAGGGCGCUUACAUGUACUGUGUACAUGUCUCUACAUAGAAUGGCUACAGUAUGUGAGAGGACAACACUGAUGCCAGUGGAUAUACCCGGGGAUGAUGCUUGAUAAAGCGGAUUUAUUCCCGUCGAAGAUAAGAUGUGUAUCGGUGUGGCGUGGGAGAAAAUGUCUUUGGCUCCAGCAAGAAAAUGAAGAUGGGAAGAAGCGUCUUGUCCUGUAGCCCAGUAGCGAGAGCCAGUCGUUAUUUACACUUCUAAAUCUGCGCACAAGAUAAUGAGACUGACGCCGUGUCUCAGGAUUAAACCACAAAACACCGCAGAAAUAGAGUAACUGUGCUAUUGAACUCUGUUUGAUUUAGUCACCGUGUGAUGGGAAUAUACUGCUAAGGCUUGGCCUAGCUUUAUGGAAAACCCGAAGACAUGACAUGCACACGAAAAAAGAGGAAACGAUAUUUUUGUUUUUUAAAACCCGUAUGUGUGUAAUAUUCCAGUUUCGGGCAAAAUAUCCUUCACACCGUUCAGCAAACGACUUUCCAGCCAAACAGGUCUUGUUUGUCAGACGUGACCAUUCCCUGUAUUAAUUAAUUCAUUUUUUUUUCGUUCUCUGUUGUUUAUAAAGGACAUCGAGAAUCGUCUUGGAUUAUAAUUUGGAUUCAUGUGCGAUUCCCUGAACACGUUGUGUCGGGACGAAAAAAACCUAUUCGCAAGUUUUUGUGUUUUUUCCCUUUUUUUCCCCCUAUAUUUACAACAAGGUCCCAUUAAGGCCUACCAUCGACACAAGAUCCAUUGUCUGAAGGAAGACUGAGAAUUAUAGGUGUCAAGGCCAAGAGAACUGACACAUUUAAAAGGACGCUCCAAAGAGAACUGUACAAAAUGGGGCAAUGCAGAUCAAGCUUCUCUCCUUCCAUUUGAGACAACAACGAAAGGCAACCACGAGGACGGACGACAGCUCAGCCGGAGGCGGCGGAGGUGGAGGAGGGAGUGGAGGAAGUGGAGGUAAAGGAGGAGUUGAAGGAGGAGGGGUGCGAUUCCAGCAGCAAAAGGUAUGGCCAACGGAAACGCAAGCAGCGAUGGGCCUGGGAACCCCUUGGCGGCCGUGGUGUCCACAACAGGCGGUGUGAUGGGUGGAGCACCUUCUUCAGCCGUCUCAACCUAUGUGAAACUCGUCCUUCUAGGUCUGAUCAUCUGCAUCAGCCUGGUGGGCAACUUAGUUGUAUCCCUGUUGGUGUUACGGGACAGAGCCUUACACAAGGCACCAUACUACUUUCUUCUGGAUCUCUGUCUCGCCGACACCAUUCGCUCAGCGGUCUGCUUUCCCUUUGUGCUGGUGUCCAUCAAGAACGGCUCGGCCUGGACUUACAGUGUGCUCAGCUGCAAGGUGGUGGCCUUCAUGGCCGUCCUUUUCUGCUUCCAUGCUGCCUUCAUGCUGUUCUGCAUCAGCGUCACUCGCUACAUGGCCAUUGCCCACCACCGCUUCUACUCCAAGCGAAUGACCUUCUGGACCUGCGUUGCAGUGGUGUGUAUGGUCUGGACGCUGUCAGUCGCCAUGGCCUUCCCGCCUGUCUUUGACGUCGGCACGUACAAGUUCAUCCGUGAGGAGGACCAAUGUAUCUUUGAACAUCGCUACUUCAAGGCCAAUGACACGCUAGGCUUCAUGCUAAUGCUGGCUGUGCUAAUCCUGGCCACUCAUGUGGUAUACAUGAAGCUCCUGCUGUUUGAAUACAAGCACCGAAAGAUGAAGCCGGUCCAGAUGGUUCCAGCCAUCAGCCAAAACUGGACCUUUCAUGGACCUGGAGCCACCGGUCAGGCAGCUGCAAACUGGAUAGCUGGGUUCGGCCGUGGCCCAAUGCCUCCCACUUUAUUGGGCAUAAGACAGAACUUGCACAACCAGAACAGACGCCUACUGGGCAUGGAGGAGUUUAAGGCUGAGAAGCAGCUUGGCAGGAUGUUCUAUGUCAUUACCUUGUUUUUUCUGGUGCUCUGGUCCCCGUACAUUGUGGCCUGUUACUGGCGGGUCUUUGUAAAGGCAUGCACCAUCCCGCACCGGUAUCUGUCCACAACUGUGUGGAUGAGUUUUGCCCAGGCAGGCGUGAACCCCAUCAUCUGCUUUUUCCUCAACAAGGACCUGAAGAAGGGUCUGCUGGCCCACCUGCCUCCCUGUUGUAGAACUCCACCUCAACUGCCCCGUGAGCCUUACUGUGUCAUGUGAAGAUGAGUGUUCAUUCAUUAUGUUUUUUUUUUGUUGUUGUUGUUGUUUAUUAGUUUUUCUAUUCUUUCUCUUCUGAAUGGUUGAAAAGUGGACAGCCAGGGGGAGGUAAUAAGAGGUCUUUAAAGAUGGAGACAUGGACGAACUUUAAGAGUUGUUCUGUUGUGGCCUUUGAUUCAGUUUAAGAUGCUUUAAAGGGGUGUAUGUCAUUGAAUAAGCAUCUACUGUCACCUUAAUGAUUUUAAAGGGAAUUGGGCUCUAAGCUAUUGGGUGGUUUGGUAGUCAACUCUAAACUGGUUUGAAGAACCAUGUUUCUUAUUUGGGUGCAAAAUUUACAGAUCAGCCAAACUGGUGAUAUAUUUUGUAGUGAAUGUAUGAAGGCUAUGCCAAAUUGCUUUUUUAUGAUUGAUCUCUACAAACAUUACCUUUUGAUUUGGCUCAGUAUCUGUAUCCCUUGACCUGGAUCCUGAGGGCCUCAAAUCAAAGAUUUGCAAAAAUAGUAUUCAUGCCUUGUAAACAACUGCACUCCUGGCAGAGUAAUUUAUAUUAUUUGAACUACUGAUUCAAAAAUACUCAAUGUGCAUGUGUAUUACCUUAUCUUUAAGGGAAAACAAACUUGAGAUUUAACAUUUUCUAAGAAUGAGGCAUACGCCUCCGGGAAUGAAUGAGGCUGACAUAAAAGACAAAGUUCCUACAAUUUGUCCAAAUUGGUUGGGCUGAAUCCUUCCUGUGGCUCAAGCAGGAAUUAAGACACAGUAUGUACAAAAAAGCAACUUCCAGAAGAAAUAAUGUUUUUCCUCUCAAGAUGAUUCAGAGGGAUUGUAGAUGAAAGGAGCUGACUGAAAAUGUGAACGAAUCUGUGUGAAUUAUGGCCUAUUCAGGUUUUUCCUGAGUUACAUUUUGCUGUAAAUUAUUGUUUUUUAUUUGUUUAUUUUUUUCUCUGUUUCUCAACUCUGUUUACUUAUUGAAUUAUAAAUAGUUUCAUAGCAUUGCACAAAAUAACUCAUGCCCUUAUAAUUUCUAUGACCAGUCUUAUGAAAAGGUAAAGUACUGUAUCUGGUCUUGCUUUGUGAAGUGAUAGAUCAGGAUUGCUUGAAAAAUCUGAUCUGAGGUUAAACCAACCAAUCAUUUAUCCUUCCAAAUGAUUGCACAGAUGAUGUUGUUAAGGAGAAUUUACUUAGUCUUUGGUGUCUUGAAUUACUUGAAUGAAAGUUCGCUAGUCUAUCAGAUGUAUAUGAAAGGUUUUUUCAUACACAUAUCUCGGAGGAUAGUUAAUGCAGCUUUUACAUUCUCAAUCAUAUGUAAGUGACAGGUAGGUUGCAUUAGAGUUAUUUUAGUUUGUAUUUACAGACUAAUAAAUGACGAGAGGAUUCCUGCAAGGAACAAUUUGGCCUAGAGGUGACAAGAAACCUAAAGUUGAAUGUUUGUGCUGCACUGAAGUCUAAUGUGUAAUUCGGCCUCUUAUACAAAUAAUAUUUAAAAAAAUGGAAUGUGUUUGACAUUAGGAAAAACAUAUAAGCUAUCAGAGGAAUGUUUAGAAUUGUUUUUAAAUAAUAAAUUUCAAUAGGAGCAAAUAAGUGUGUUCAUAUAAACUGGAUACAUUUGAAAAUGGUGCUUUCAUUUAAAAUUGCUCUCCGUCUAUACUAUUGUUCAUCCACACCGAAACAUCAGAAAAUGAUUACAUCCACUGCAAGUAAGCAUUACAUCUCCCAUUGAAUAAAUGCACUCUGAAGUAUACAAACUGACAUUAGCAAUGAUUCAAACUAAAAAGUAGCCAAAACAAGGUGGUAUAAUAUCAUACACCAACUCGCCUUUGGCUGAGUCACACAACUAAAACAGCAUUUUCAAAUAUAUCUACAUUGAAGGGCAUUUUCAAAAAUGUCAAUUUUUGUUAGCGAAUCACCUCAGUGUUGGUGGUCAAAAGGGAAGGAAAAAAGCUGCAUUUUCACACAAAAAGGUUGUGUAGACAAGGCCUCAGUGUCAAAUGAAUUUGAAAGAAUAUUUUGCACAUAACUCACGAAAUCAUUGAUCAGCUACUUGAUUUCUCUGGCAUAUUUUGACUUGAAUCAGAAUGCUGACCAAUGCAGACAGGACAGAUUGUAAAAUUUAUGUGAAUGUUCAAUGAGAUCUCUCUGUAGAGUAGGCGUGGGAUUGGUAAGAAUGACCAGACUUUCUUUUUCUGAAACCUGUCAUUGCGACUGAACACACAGAAAACAGCAUCUAUGAUGAGCAGAAAAAGAGGAAUAAUUUUUUCUGUUGUCUGCAUUUUAUGCCUUACUCCAUUACCAAGGUUUAAUGUUACCAAUGCAAGAAUGAGAUGAAAGCUGUAUGCUUCUAUAGACACCAAUAAAUCAUGCUAAAACAUAUGCUGGGGAAAACACAACACUGUGUAUUAGUGGAUUACCGGAGGACACGUCUUGCUGCCCUUCACAAGCCUGCGAGUGAAAAGUCAUCGGUUGUGACAACCAAUUCAUGAACUGCAACACGCGGGACUGUACAACUUUGCUCAGUUCUCUGGAGAGACUUGAAUUUACGAAGAAAAUAAAAAAUAAAACACGACACAGAGAGACACAACUUGAUUUUCCGCGGAAUUAAAAGGAACUUCUUGGAUUCUUAAGGAUUUCUUUGAGACUUU